GUUUCACAGAAAAAUGAGUCUUGAUCAGAUUGUAAUUUGAAACUCCCUUGUUUUACGUGCAAAGGUCCAAAGUACAUAAUGAUGAGGCUUUCAUUCUGUCGAAAGAGAGGCAUGUCAAAGAGCAUAAGCAGGGAUGCAAUUCUGCGUGGGUGUCAUGACACUACGGAUAAACAAAGAGUUGAGGAAUUUCGUACCUUUUUAUCCCAAGAACUUUCCCUCGCAGGGAAGGAACCCGAUGAUCAUACCAUCUUAAGGUUCCUCAGAAUGAGGGGCUUUGACAAGGAAAAAGCAAAAGAAGUGCUUCUGAAUUACCUCAAAUGGCGAGAGGAGUUUGAAGUUGACAAAGUCUGCAAAGAAUUCAAGUUUGAUGAAUACGAAAAGGUGAAAAAGUGUUACCCUCAUGGCUUUCAUGGAGUAGAUAAACAUGGCCGGCCAGUAUACAUUGAAAGGAUCGGAAUGGUGGAUGUUCAUAAGCUUCUUAAAGUCACAACACUUGAGAGAUUUGUCAAGUAUCACGUGACAGAACAAGAAAAGACUCUGAAUCUGAGAUUUCCUGCUUGUUCUGCUGCUGCCAAGAAGCAUAUAGCCUCAACUACAAGCAUUUUUGAUGUGAAAGAUGUGGGAAUGUCUAACUUUUCAAAAAAUGCAAGAAACCUCUUUUGGAAAAUCCAAAAGAUAGACAGCUGUUAUUAUCCAGAGACGCUGCACCGGCUUUUCAUCGUCAAUGCUGGACCUGGAUUUACGCUCCUCUGGAAGCUAAUAAAGCCGCUUAUUGAACAACGCACACAAGUGAAGAUCCAAGUGCUUGAAGACAUCAAGAACCUAGCUGAGGUUAUUGAUCCGAGCAACCUUCCAACAUUCUUGGAUGGCCAUUGCACAUGUACUGAAUAUGACGGUUGCCUCUUCAGUGACAAGGGACCCUGGAAUGAUCCCAAUAUAAUAGAUUCCCUACAGGGAAUGCGCGACGCAGAGGAACAACGCGAAAAUCAUAUGUCCACAAGAGAUGUGUUUGGCUAUGAUGCUGAGAAUCUGCACAUAAAAGACGUCUAUGAUGUGACGCCAGAAAGAGCUCCCGGCUUCAGGAAGCCCGAGGAAGCGCAAGUAUCUCAUCUGCCACUCGUAACGCAGAAAAUCCAAAGAAUUGAAUCCGUGAUUUGCGACGCAAAUGCAAAAAUCCAGACAUUGGAAGCUGCACUUAAGGAUACUAAGUUGGUUUUGCAAGGACUUGUAGAGCACAUGGAAGAUUUAAGAGAAAUGAUUAUAGUAACAAACAAUGCAGCCUAAAGUUGUCAAAUUGUACUUGUUUUCAAGUCUUUAUGCAUGUAAUUAAAAAGACUUUGAGGUU